CUGAAGGUGGGAGGAAGACUCAUCAUUUAUCACCUUUCUUCCACCUUCUUUCACUUUCAUUGACAUCAGAGUCGCGACCGACUUGCCGAUCGAAACCACGGCCAUGGUAUGAUCAGUCUGUCACAGAAACGACGUUCCAUCAAAGCCACUUCCUAAUUAGACGGCUAAGAUGAUUCGCGGCUGCGGGAUGGACGAUGAAGAGCUAGGGUUGACAGAUAUGGAGGCUCGGGUAGGCGAAGGCGGCGCCGACGCGGCGAAUCGCACGGCUGAAGAUGAAUAUGACGACGAAUGGCAGUCGAUGGCGGAGGGAGGGGGGAAUUUGGAGUACGGAGGGGGAGCGAUAAAGCGCGCUUGCGCGGAGCGGGGGAUGAUGACACGUCGGGACGGAGGGGAGUACAGAGGGGGAGAGGGGGGGGCGGAAGAGCGCGCUUGCGCGGAGCGGGCAAUCGGUUCAACUGCGGCCGAGGCUCGAUGCCGACCAACGAGAAAAGGCAGUUGUGGUGCUUGUGGGUGCCGACCAACGAGUGCAGGGAUUGAAUCAAAAGGAGGAAUGAAGGACUACUAUUGUAAGGGUGAAGAAGGUGAGGAUCGGACGGCUGGUAAGAGAUCGUGCACGGACGCAGAGUCCUUAGACGACAAGCGAGAAUGCGUCCCAGAAGGGGAGGGGCGGGAAAAGGAGCGGAGAGGAGUGGCGUCUUGCGUCAAGUGUGAGUCAAUGCCUGCCGAAGCCGUCAUCAAUCAGCACGAGCACGUUUGCAGGGGCUGCCUGAAGGCUAGCUUGUUCUCGAAGUUCCGCACUGCCAUCUCCAAGCACUCGCUCGUUUGCUCCGAUGAUCGCCUACUGGUUGCCUUCUCCGGCGGCCAUGCCUCCAGGGUUGCCCUGGAUUUUGUCCACCAGAUUCAGUCAACGGCAAAGACGGAGAGGGAGCUGCUGGAGGAACGAGGAAGGAUCAGGUUUCAGUUCGGAGUCGCAUUUGUGGACGAAAGUGCGGCAGGCGGCACUCCUCUUGAUAAGGCAAUAGAAAUGGAAAGGUGCAUUGAAUCUGUCGUACAUGGACAUCCUUAUGGCAGCAGGAUUGCCUAUCAUCACACGUGUCUGGAGGAUCUUUUCAUUGAUGAUGACGUCGAUGUAUGCCCUGAUGAUGAUGAUGAUGAUGAUGAUGAUGAUGGUGAUGAUGAUGAUGAUGAUGAUGCUGAUGAUGAUGAUAAGGUCCCUGGCCAUUGUGAUGACGUCGAGGAAUUGCAGAAGAUCCGUGGUGACAAAUCUGUUAUUCCUCAGAUGAAUGAUGGUCAAACUUUGACUUUGACUUUGACCUCACACAUGGAGUGCCUGGACAUAGGUGAUGUACCUCUGUCCGUGAUGAGUGAGGUCAGCCAUUCGUUGCAGAGUCAUCUUGGAUCUAAUCAAGACGACGCGGAGGAAGUGGGAUCACAUCUGGGCAACGAUCAGAAUCACAAUGGGAGAUGGAGAAUGGAGCGCCGGAGGGAUGCCAGAGGCGUUGUUGAAAAAAUGUUCAAAGAUGUACUUGAUUCCACUGGUCGUCAAGACCUUGUUGUGCAUCUCAGGAGUCUGCUCUUGCAGAAGGUGGCGAAGAAGAAUGGCUACACCAAGAUCCUUCAGGGUGAUAGUGCCACACGCUUGGCUGUCCAUGCCCUUGCGGCAACGUGCAAGGGCCGCGGCUACAGUCUCCCUGCAGAUGUGCAGUUCCUAGACAGAAGAUGGGAUAUCCCUGUAAUCCGACCACUGCGAGAAUGUCUGGCGAAGGAGUUGGCGACACAUGCUCGGAAGGCAAUGCUGAAGACUGUGUUCAUCCCAAACCUGGCGACUCUACGUGGACCACAGUUCAGCAUUGAUGCCCUUGCAGAUGCAUUCGUUAAUGUUAUUCAGGAAGAUCUCCCAUCGAGAGUUCACACAAUUCUACGAACGGCGGGUAAACUGAAGAGCUUCGCAUUAAAUAAUGAUAUUUGCGAUGGGUUGUUGCGUCAAGGGUCACACUCAUCACAGGGGACAUUACCGACGCAAACCUAUGAAACUCCUGCUGGAGCAAGUUGUGUCCACAACCGAUCAUCAGAGGUCAUCCACCCAUCAAGGACCAAGAAAUUCUUGGGGACGAUACAUGGCGAAGUACUCGAUGAGGAAAAAAACAGUGGCAUCUUUCUUGCCUGGUCACCUGACGAUCACUCUUUGCCUUCAUCCAUCCCAGUAUCCGUAGGAGUAACGUCUCCUCCGCCUGGUGGUCCCGGUCGCCGACCAGAGGAGAAAUGUGGGACUGCUUCUUCGAGGUCAGCUGGCAGUCCUUUGCUGGGAUCGAUCCCAGGACGUGUCGAAGCAGAGACUGUACUGGCGACCGACAGCACGGUGCCCUGUAUUGCAGUUCAAAGAUUGUGUCCCAUUUGCGGAGCACCAUUGAUGCCGGAAGAAAUGACGCGAUUCCCGAUCAAAGUGGGUUUGCCUAUUCCCAGUGCAUGCAGUUCUAAUGCCGAUGACACUUUUCAGAGAAACCACGACACGUUCCCAUUUCCUGAGCGGUCAAACAAUGAGAAGACUGUUGUUGCAAAGCUAUCGGAUGAGGGACCGGGAAUAGGACAUGGUGCUUCAUUGCGGAAUUCGAAGGACCGUUGCGGUGCAGAGAUUCAAAACUUCAGAGGGGGCAAGAGGGAGCAGCAAGAUGACUUUGUGGUUGCGCAGUUGUGCUGUGACAGCUGCGUUCGACAGUUUCUUACACCCCCUCGGGUACUCAGUGGUCAAUCGAGACAGGGAGCCGAUAAACGGUGGCCGAACGAACUCUCAAGUAAUGCUGCGCUUCUGGAGCAUGUGACUAAGACGAGAGUAAAGGAUGAACGGCAGAAGAUGUGGUUGUUGGAGCGACAGGCCCGAGCACGGUAAGACUACUGUCUUAAGUAACCCAAGA